UUUUAAGAAAAAAAAAAAAAAAACUAAACUAAACGACGAACAAUUUUUCUUGUUGUUUGAAGAUCAUCUCAUGUUCUGUUCGCAUCUUUUACACAAUCUUUGAAUGGCAUCGAAUAAUCAACAACGUCAACAACAAGAUCGACCAUUACCAAAAUUUGGAGAAUGGGAUGUGAACGAUCCAGCAUCAGCCGAAGGAUUUACGGUUAUAUUCGCUAAAGCUCGAGACGACAAAAAGACAAACGCAAGUGGUCGUGCCACCUCUCAACGCCGUGACAAUAACAAUAAAUCUCAAGAUGAACCUACGAAGAAACGGUUCUGCUGUUUCUGAGGAACAACAUCAUCAAGCACAAGCUGAGUGAAAAACAUUUGUUAGAACAUCAAAACAGUUUCAUAUUCACUGAAAUCUGUAUUAAAUUUAUCAUUACAGAGCUAAAAACACACGAAGUUUCGAUCUAAUUCUCGUCACAUAACGUUUACUUACACAAUAUCAAUGUCUCUUAACCCUCUGUUUGGUGAAUCUUGAUCUGACCCAUUGCUACUUGUCUUUUUCUUGAACGAUUUAUGAGUGAAAAUUAAAAAA